AUGCCGGAUAUAGAUCCCCUUCUCGAGAAGCAGGAGCCAGUGCCGGAUGAGGUAGGAACCGACGCAGAUGUGGUAAUGCAAUCGUACCCUUCGCCGACCGUCGAGGGACAGGACAAUGGCGCCUUCUACCAGACGACGCCCCGCCAAGAGCACCAGCACCAGACAGACCUGGGCGUACAUCAUCAAGAGGACGAACACGGUCAGCUCACAGAACCCACGAGUCCGCGCCAGGCGGAAGAACGAAAUGCCAUUACCAGCACCGAGGAGCUGCAGCUUGCUGCGCAGCUAAGUCAGGGUCUUGCGCAUGAACUUCCAUUGAUGGACUCGGAAGACUCGAAUUUGCAGCAUGUCAUGGCCGAACAUGACCUAGAGCAGCACGAGCAGGGUCUUCAACACGAACAGAGCCUUCAGCACGAACAAGGCUUACAACACGAACAGGCUUUGCAAGACGAACAAGGUCUACAACAUGACCAGGCUUUACAACAUGACCAGAGUCUGCAACAUGAUCAUGGCUUACAACACGAACAGGGCCUACAGCACGAAGAUGGACUUCCGCACGAUCAAGGCCUUCAGCAUGAGCAAGACCUACAUCACCAACACCAACAUCAGGAAGAUCAAUUAACUAAUGGUCACGAACACCUGCACCACGGUGAUUUGCAGCAACAUGACGGUCUACAGCAGCAUCAUGAUGGCUUGCCGCACCCGAACGAGCACGUCCAGGAACACAUGCACGACCAGAUGCACGAUCACAUUGGUGAACAUGACCCAAAUCUAGCUCACGCACAACACGAUCAACACAUGCAACACGAGCACCUCCAGCAGGGCCAGCCGCAGCAACAACAGGACAUGCAGCACCAGUACAUCCCUGAUCAGCACCAUCAGCCGCACUUGCAGCCAGCUGCUCCCAUGGACUCCAUGGUACCUCAGUUCCCAAUGCCCGACAACAAUGUGCCGCCCAGGAAGCGAUCCAAAGUCUCCCGAGCUUGUGACGAGUGUCGCCGCAAAAAAGUCAAGUGCGAUGCUCCAUCAGAAACUGGCGAGGAACCUUGCUCGAAUUGUCGUCGCUCAAAUAUGCGUUGCUUAUUCAGUAGGAUUCCCCAGAAACGUGGACCUAGCAAGGGGUAUAUCAAGGAGUUGGCCGACCGUAUCCACUCCAUCGAGGGCAAAUUGGCCAGUGAAGGUGCAAAUGCUGAUUUGAGCGAGUUGCUGAAUGGUUCUCGAAGGGACUCGGGCGAUCUGUUCCAGAGUGAUUCAAGUACCCGGAAGCGGCCCUAUUCAACCAUUUCAGGGGCGGAUUUUGGCACGCCAACGCCUCCUAGCCAGUAUAACGCCGAGUCUAGAUAUAGGCCUUCUUACUCUGCAAAUGGACUGGCCCCGACUCCAAUUGCUGCAAAGCCUGACGGCGAUACCCCGUCGCGCCCAGCGGCCGUAAUGGACGGCAUGGAUCUCGAUCUCAACCAGAUGGAACCAGUCAGGGAGAUUGACGAAACCAUCUUUGCGGCAUACCUCACCUUGGUUCACCCUUACUUCCCGGUGCUGGUCGCCAACAAGUCGAGGCUGGAGGCACAACUAGUUCAAUGUGCCCCCAUCUUACGUGAUGCCUUUACUACAGCCCUACAGGGAACGAUUGAGUCUUUUCCAUCGUUCAGUCUCGAUGGUGGCGCCCGUGACGCGCUCACAAGGGCAUACCGCUCGCUUACGGAAUGGGAGUUGGAUGCGUCGCCUCGCUCUCGGGUUUCCGAUCUUGUGCACCUCCAAACUCUAAUCUUGAUUGUGAUCUCAACUGACAAUUACGGCCCAAGCUCCUUGAAAGGAGAGCAGGGAAGUCCCUCGAAACCCAUGACCCUCGGUCGGGCAGUCGGUCUAGCCAACACCCUCCGGUUACACGUUGCCCAAGUCAACAACAAUGUCGAUGGUGUUCUCGACACAGAUUCGGACGACAAUGUGGCGAUUCGGGCCUGGUGGUCUCUAAUCAUGCUCGAUCGCUGGAACGCCAUUUCUACUGCGAGCACAAUGUACAUUCCCAAUGACAGCGUCGUCAUCCUGCCCAUUCUCAAGGACUUGCUCGGCGAAAAUGUUUACCACCAUGUGCGACUGUGUAAUAUCAUUGGCCACUUUGUUCCAGUUGCUCUUGCACCUCCAAAGACAAUGACCUUUGAAUCCGGCGCGGCUCCACUGCUGAGCUCCUUCUUCAACUUGUCCAUGGAGCUAUUCCGGGAAGUUUUACCUUCGACCAUUACGCCAAGCACUCAUCCUGUCCUUCAUUUCAUCUAUUGGCAUUGCAGACUUUUGGCGUAUCUCUUUCAGACCAACUCCAAAUCCAGCGAUAUCAUGUGGCCAUGCAAGGAACUAGCGGGUCUCUUGAUUGGCAAUCCUCAGCUGCUCAACCCUCUGAAUCACCACUUCUUCUGCUUGACGUCUCUGACCUUGUUGGAGUUGACCAAGGUGGAAGCUGAGCGCGAGGCAGCCAACGCCCUACUGAAAGAACUAUCCGAAAUUGCCGUGGCCGCUUCCAACUGGGAUGACAUGAUUCGGGACCGCAUCUCUGAGCACAUACGACCUUCUACAUCUCAUGCGGCUAUAGAGGCUACUGCCAGUCAGAGUCUUCAGCACCUGGCUGACCUUGCCACUGCCACCGAGAUGGAGCCCGUCAAACCCGAAAAAGACAACACAUUGCGUACCAGCGAUAGUUAUGAGCACAUGGGCUUUGAUCCGCGAGAGCUCAUCCGCACCGGUUAUCUCAGCGUGCUCACAUCUCGGCCGCUACGAUAA